GGUUGGCUUGCAACACACUGCCGGCGCAGCCGCCAACACCUUUGUAGACGAGUCGAUUGGCUGAGAGAGCUGCAUGCCAGGACUGCGAAACAAGGUGACGGCGGCGUUGAGACCUUCCAAGUCAAGUAUGGCGACGGAUACUACUCCGCCGACCCCAACCUUGAUCUCAUCCCUUCCAGACCUCCGGGUCUUCCUCUCCUCGAUCCCUCCGCCCAGCACGUUCUAUCUGGACCUUGAGGGCAAAAGUCUCAGCCGCAAUAGAACCCUCUCCCUCUUGACGGUACUCGUCCUUCCCACGCAAGCAACCAGCAUUGUCGAUGUCCAAACCCUCGGCGAAUCUGCUUUCACCACUCCCGGCAUAGGCGGAAAUACCCUCAAAGCCAUCCUCGAGGAUGCCCACACUUCUAAAUGCUUCUGGGACGUACGCAAUGAUGCGGACGCCCUCUGGGCGCACCAUAAGGUCCGUCUCACGGGUGUCACAGACGUCCAGCUCCUCGAGAAUGCAUCCCGCGUCUGCGACAAGACCUACCUCCGCGGGCUCGACAAAUGUGUCGAGAAGGAUCUUGGGUUGAAAUUCAUGGAGGUGCAUCGCUGGGUCAAAACCAAGAAGGAGGUGCAGGCUCUGAUGCCCAACGACAUCUUCGCCCGCCGCCCUUUGGACGCCAAAACGGUGCAGUACUGCGUCAAUGAUGUCGUUUACCUACCUGCGCUCCACAACCUCUACGCCAAGCGCAUCACUAGCGAAUGGCUGGGAAAAGCUAUAGAUAAAUGGCUUGAGAAGAUGGAAGAGGACGAGGUGGACGCAAGGGAACGGGAUACGUUCGGAGAUGACUAUGGCGACUACUACGACUAUGACGACGGUCCUGUGAGCUCGAAAGACGCCGUGGGGGACGACACAUUUGAUAGUUGCUGGGAGAAGUGAACUGUUGGGAGGCACGGCAACAGAAUGGAUUGAUGGGGGAAAGGUUGCAGCCCAGUUGUGGGCGGCAGAAACAUGGGCGGUCUGGAAGUGCCCAGGCGGUGGUCCAUCUGCAACACACCCAUAGACUGCCUAGUCUGAAGCCAUGGCCAACCUCCCC